AUGGUGGAAGAUUCAAUGGAAGUUUUCAUGGAUGACUUCUCCGUUGUGGGUGACACUUUUGAAGCAUGUUUAGCACACUUGGGACAAGUUCUUCAAAGAUGCGUGGAGACAAAUUUGGUCCCAAAUUGGGAAAAAUGCCACUUCAUGGUUAGGGAAGACAUAGUUGUUGGUCACAAAGUGUCACAAAAAGGGUUGGAGGUUGAUAAAACAAAGAUUGAAGUGAUUGAGAAGCUACCACCACCGAUUUCGGUGAAGGGUAUUCGUAGUUUCUUGGGGCAUGCCGGCUUUUACCGGAGAUUCAUCAAAGAAUUAUAA